AUGAGAAUUGAGUUGAGGCUGUGGAGUUCCAUAGCUUUUCUUUUUACACUCUUUAUCGCAUACGUUGUAUCGGAGUCCAAUUUCAAACCUGACAUAAAAUUGACGAAAGAAGGUGAAAUAGCGAAAGAAUAUAACUACUUUGAUGAUUCUUCGAAUAUUUUAGUAUUGAGGAAAGAUAAACUUGCUAUUUCAUUCGAUGACGGCGUAAGUUGGAAGAAUGUAAAGGAAACAGAAAACGAAAGAGUGAUUCGCUACCAGUUUGAUCCAUUUAAUAAUAAUCGGGCUUUUGCUUUCACUAUCGAUAAAUUCCAGUACGUAACCAAUGAUAAGGGUGAAACUUGGUCUAAGUUUGAAAUCUAUGACCCCAAGAAUGAAAAAGAACAUUUGACUUUAAAUUCAAUUCCCCAUAUUUUAUUCAAUGCAAAGAACCCUGAUUUAGCCAUUUUUGUUGUUUAUCAUUGCCCGGAAGAUAAAAAGAUUUCCAAUCAAUGUGUAAAUUACCAUUUUUUAACUACUGAUGGGUUUAAAUCUAAUCCAAAAUCUUUGCAAACGGAUGCAAGUAUAUGUACAUUUGCAAAAUCAACUAAAUCCUAUGACGUGGGUAAGGAUGAAACUAUUUAUUGCUCAAGAAAUAAGCUUAAUUCAUUUGGACACAUUGUUGAAUCCUAUAUCGUUGCAUCUGAUGAUUUUUUCAAAACUGAAUCUAAGAUUAAUCAUGCGUUGGCAAAGUCAGGCUCCAUAAUUGACAUUAGAGUAUUACAAAAUUUCGCUAUUGUUGUUGUACAGAACGACAAGUUCAAUACGAAGUCUAAAGUAUCUUUACUAGUUUCGAAGGAUGGUAAAAAUUUUAACGAGGCGGACUUGAAAGUGGAUAUUUCUUAUGGUAUAAUGACAUUCUUGGAAUCAUCGUCACUGUCAAUUUUUCUAGCAGUUAUGGAUUACUCUAAUUCUUUCCGGAAGUUUUCAUUAUCCACAGUAUAUUCGUCGGAUUCAAGUGGCUUAAGUUUUUCAAAGGUAUUAGAUAAAGUGCAAGGAGGUUCUAUCCAGAAAGUUGAAACAAUAGACGGCGUAUGGUUAGCAAACAUUGCAGACGAAAUCAAGGACAAUAAGGGGAAGAGUAAAACCUUGCUUGAUAUGCUUAUGGGCGGUGGUAUUGAUAAAAAUAUAAAAAGUAGAAUUUCGUAUAAUGAUGGAGAAGAUUGGAACUUGUUGAAAAUCAACAAUGAUGGUUCUUGUACUACUGAAAGUGAAUGCUCGUUACAUUUGUUAAACCCUACCGAAAAAAGUGGAGAUGGUAAAUUUGUGACUGGUCCAACUCCAGGAAUUCUACUUAGUGUUGGUAAUAAGGGUAGUAAACUUGAAAAAGACAUCAAUAGAAUGAAUACUUGGAUAUCCAGGGAUGGUGGAAUUUCUUGGGAUUUUGCAUUGGAUGAGCCAUGUUUAUUUUCUUUUGGCGACCAAGGUAACAUUAUUGUGGCGAUACCAUACUACGGAAAAAAUAAGAUGAAUUCCUCUAAUAUGUACUUCUCAUUAGAUCAAGGAAAAUCAUGGGAAAAUGUCGCAUUAGAAAUACCUAUUUUUCCACUUACUUUAACUACAACUGUUGAUGGCACUUCGCAAAGAUUUAUUCUUUCUGGCCUAAUCGACAGCACUCCAAAGGAUAAAGCAGAUUAUUCGUUCGCUGAAACUUUAUAUGCUAUUGAUUUUAGUAAAGCUUUUGGCGGCAAAAAAUGUGAUUCAAAGAAAGAUUUUGAAGAUAUAUACACUAGACUCGACCCUAGUAAUGAUAAACCAAUCUGCAUUUACGGGCACAAAGAAAAGUUCAGAAGAAGGAAGCAAAAUAGUCAAUGUUUUGUCAAUGAACUAUUUGAAGAUGUAAAAGUCUACGAUGAUCCAUGUGAAUGUACAGUGAUUGACUUUGAAUGUGCUAGUGGAUUUUCAAGGUCGAAAGAAAAAGAAUGUAAGCCAGAUAAAAAGAAGCUUGCAAAUAUAUGUCGUGAUAAGAAAUCGAAAAAGAUAUCUUUGCCUGACAAAGCGUUAGCAUCUGGUAAUAAGUGUAAAAAUCCAAAAGAAGCUGCUAAGGAAUUUGUUAAAACUAAAGAAUUUAAAUGCAGUGAUUAUUUGGACGAGGAUGACAAAGAUAAGAAUAAAGGUAACAAGCACGAUAUUGUUUCCACCUUCAAUGAAUUUGACAGUGAACUCCAGCAAUAUACAUAUGUUGAACAGGGUGAAACCUAUAGUGGAGAAAACAUAAUCUUAAGGACCAAGGCCAAUGUAGCUUAUGCAUCGAAUAAUGGAGGUGUAGAAUUUGUCAAAAUUCCUGUGUCAGACGAAAUUGUAACUUAUUACCCAGGAUUAGUUCCAGGUCAAGUUAUUUUAAUAACCGAUUCGGAAAAGUUCUACUUUUCCAUCGAUGGUGGUAAUACUUUCCAGAAGAAAACUGCUCCCGCCAAACCAAAUGUUAUUGGUGCACGUAUAAUAUCCUUCGAUAAGAAGGAUACCGAAAAAUUUAUUUGGUAUAGCAGCGAGAAUUGUGACAAUCCAUUUAGUCGUGAUUGCAGUUUGGUGGCCUAUAUUACAGAAGAUGGUGGGGAGAAUUUUCAGAAGUUGAAAGAAGAUGUUAGAAGUUGUGACUUUGUAGCUGAUGUAUUUGAAGAUGUUUCAGAUGAAAUCAAAAAUAUGAUAUAUUGCACAGUUGAAGAUAAAUCUAGUAGAAAAUUGAUGCUAUUGUCUUCGACUGACUAUUUUAAGCAAAGUAAGAAAGUUUUUGAUAAUGUUGUUGGAUACGCCAUCACGGGAAACUUUCUUGUUGCUGCUACGAUAGAUGAUGCAGAACAAUCUCUAAAAGCGAAAGUGACAGUUGAUGGGCAGAUUUUUGCCGAUGCAGACUUUCCUCCAGAUUUCCAUGUUGACUCUCAACAAGCGUAUACUGUUUUGGAUUCAGCAUCAAAAGCGAUUUUUAUUCAUGUGACUACAAAUAAUGAAAAUGGACAUGAGUUUGGUUCAAUUCUAAAGUCGAACUCAAACGGAACUUCAUAUAGUUUAACCUUAGAUAAAGUGAACAGAAAUCGUAUUGGAUAUGUCGACUACGAUAGAAUCGAAGGCAUUGAAGGAGUUAUUGUUUCUAAUAUUGUUGCAAACGAUCAUUCGAAAGAUCGUAAAAAAUUGAAAACUCAAAUAACGCAUAACGAUGGUGGGGAAUGGUCGUACAUUACACCACCUGUUAUUGAUUCUAAAGGGAAAAAAUAUAAAUGUAAUGGUAAAUCAUUAUCGAAAUGCUCCUUGAACUUGCAUGGAUUCACUGAAAGGGCCGAUUACCGCGAUACAUUUUCAUCAGCAUCUGCUAUCGGUCUAAUGAUGGCCGUAGGUAAUGUUGGUGAAUAUUUAGAAGAUUUUGAUAAAUGUUCUACAUUUAUUUCAAGAGAUGGCGGUAUUACCUGGAAAGAAAUUAAAAAAGGUGUUUAUAUGUGGGAAUACGGCGACAGAGGGACAAUUCUAGUUUUAGUAAAUGCAGAAAAGACAACAGAUAAGCUUAUGUACUCUCUAGAUGAAGGAGAUACGUGGCACGAUUAUAAGUUUGCCGAAGAACCUAUUGACGUCUUAGACCUAGCAACUGUUCCUUCGGACACUUCGAGAAAAUUCUUAAUAUUUGGAAAGAGUGAUAGAAAAAUGGUUUCUUAUUCAAUUGACUUCACUAAUAUCCAUAAGAGACAAUGCCAAUUGGAUCUCGACAAUCCAAAUGAUGACGAUUUCGAAUAUUGGUCACCUACACAUCCUUCAACGCCUGAUAAUUGCUUAUUUGGUCGUGAAGCGAAGUAUUUGCGUCGUGCUAUUGGUCAUGACGAUUGUUUCAUAGGAAGUGCUCCGUUGAUAGAAGGCUUUAAGGUUACUAGGAAUUGCUCAUGUACGAGAAAAGAUUAUGAAUGUGAUUACAAUUUCUUUAGGGAUUCUGAUGAUACUUGUAAACUAGUUAAAGGGUUGUCCCCUUCAAAUCGUAAAAAGGAGAUGUGCAAGAAAGAAAAUGCAUUUGAGUAUUUUGAACCUACGGGAUAUAGAAAAAUUCCAUUAUCGACUUGUGUCGGUGGAAAGAACUUUGACACUUGGAAAGUUCACCCAUGUCCAGGAAAACAGAAGGAGUUUAACAAGCAUCAUGGAAAGGAAUUGAACAGCGGUUCUCUUCUAGCUGUUAUUGGUAUCCCUAUUGCUGUAUUUUUAUUGGCUACAUGGUUUGUCUAUGAGAGAGGUAUUCGCCGUAAUGGAGGAUUCAAGAGAUUUGGACAAAUAAGGCUAGACCUCGAUGACGAUGACUUUCACCCAAUCGAAAAUAAUGAGGUGGAUAAGGCAAUUAAUAAGAUAGUUAAGGGCGGCAUUGUGAUUGUGGCCGCAUCAAUUGCAGGCUUCAAGACGUUAAGAAAAGUUGAUAGAAUGUUGUUUGAUAAGGUAACUUCUCUGCUUUUCCGUCGUCGUCCUGGCCAUAGAAACUACGUGCAUGUUCCAGAAAUGGAUGAAGAAGAAGAAUUAUUUGGUAAUUUCCGUGAUAAUUACGAAGAAGAAUUAGAAGAAGGUACUAACAAUAUCAACGAGGACUUCAAUGAUGAACCCAAUGAUUAUGAAUAUGAGGAAGAGACAAAUGAUGAAGUAGAUUCGAGACUUUUCAAUAUCGAUGAUCAAUCUGAUGAAGAGUUACAGUCUGCUACACCUGAAGAUAAUUAG